GACAUCUAGCACUAAUGCGGAAGUGCAGGCAAUGACAGGCAAAAUGUUUUUGUUCAGUGCAUAACUCUGAGACUAUGGCCAGCCCAAUCGUCCUCUCUUCUGAUGAGUCUGAAGAUGAGGUGGUUGUGGUUUGUGAAACAAAAGCAGCCCCAAAAGAUUUAGAUGAAGAUGGAGAUGUUGUUUUCUUGUCUAUAGAGAAGUCUGAUGGAGGUACAACAAACACAGGUCAUGCAAAGACAAAUCAUUCUGAUGUUGCUUCUCUGGCCACUGACAACUCGCAUGCAACUCCCCUCACAUCAGAUAGUUCAGAUGUGACUCCGCUGACUUCAGACAGCUCAGAUGUAACUCCGCUGACUUCAUACAGCUCAGAUGUGACGCCUUUGAACACAGAUAUUUUGUGCACAACUCCAGUAGACACAAAUAGUUUAAAUGUGGUAACUCCAGUGGUUGCCAUUACUAGUGUACAGCAUGUAUCUAGUAAACAGGUUAAAGUUGAAGUGCUGGGGGACAGCUGUGCAUCUAGGGGGCAAAGGGCGUCAUCAUGGGCCGUUGUUGGUAGUCAGACAGUGAGCAAUGUGUCCACUGUUCUCAGCCAAAGAGCCCAACCUUUACUGAACGGGAGUGAGGAUUCUGCUGAUCACAUCAAAGUAACAAGCUACAAAGGUGGGGCGCACACAGUUCACCCUCAGUCUGCCAGCCCCCCUCUGUCCUGUCCCUCCCAAUCCUGCCCACAGUUCUACUUAGCAGAUUCUGCCAGCGUAACAACAUGCUCUCCCACUCCCUCAAGGGCUUCCUCCUCCGUUGUCUCUCCUGUGACUUUGCCAGCGACUGCAGCUGACAGUGCUUUAGACAAGACUAAUCAGAUGUUCACCAACUGGCUUCUGCAGGGAGCUGACUCUGGCGGGGUGUUGCCUGUGGCAGAAAGUAGCACAUGUCCUGCCAAAACGUCUGUCAAGUCUUCACUCAGCCGCUCCUUCAGUUCUACCUAUCCUUCUGCUGACUCGGCCAGCCACUCCUCACUGCUGUCACCUCAUGUAUCUGUCGAGCUAUCUGGCUGUACAAGUCCUCAGACCACAAGGUUAAUCUCUGAUCAGAGGAAUGUUCCACUGCGUAAACGCCUGCGCAGUGAUGGCGAGUUGGGGAAACCCUGGUGCAAGCUGCACGCACCUGGGGGCACAGGGCACGCGGGCUGGAGCACACGCUGCAGCGUGUGUGGGGAAGAGGAGCGUAAAGUCUCAUGCUGCAUGCAGGGACAUCAGACCUGCUGUAUCUGUCUGGAGGAACGUGCAAAAUACCUGCUCAGCGACAAGAAGGGAACAACACUGAAAUGCCUGUCAGUUGGCUGUGAAAGUUUCUAUCCCAUGAGUGAGCUGAAGCACACAUUGCCUGGCAUGGUGGUGGAUGUGCUAGAAAUACAGUUGGAGAAACACUAUGUGGAUUAUUUGGCUGACAUGGUCAUGAAAGAAGUGGACAGUGCUGCUGGUGAAGUCAAUAUCAGUCAAGAUGAUGAUGACCUGAAGGAUUCCAAAAGUAGUGCUGGUGCGAAAAUAAAAAAUGAGUGUAUGGAAGUACCAAGUUCAUGGAUUGACAUGGAACCUCAAACUCCUUUUCUUCUGGUACAGUUGGAACCAGAGACAGAAGCCUAUGUCUCAGUCUCACUCAAGUUUCAUGAAACCAUGAAGUUUGGAUCUAUUGAUAUAGAAAAGAUCUAUAGAGUGCAGAAUCCUAUUCUCUGGAAGUUUUACUCUGUGAAGAAACAGCAGAUGAGCCAGGAUCAUGAAGGAGAAAUGGUGGAGGAAAAACUGCUGUUCCACGGCACCAAUGACGACGCAGUAGAUGCCAUAUGCAAAUCUGGUUUUGACUGGCGGCUAUGUGGCAAGCAUGGGACUAUGUACGGCCAAGGUUCGUACUUUGCCCAGACAGCAUCUUACUCCCAUCAGUACUCGGCUGCGGCAAAGGUUAACCGACGGGGCAGACAUCCACUCACUGGCUUGUUGGGAGGGAAAGUCCGGGCCUGCAAGAUCAAGAUCCCCAAACUGCCCAAAAAGUCUUCUGCGAGCUCACCUCAGGCCAUGCAGCUUAAUAACUAUACCUUUCUCUCCAGCUCAGCUGGUGUCAAUCCAACCACCAGUGGUCCAUACAGCUCUGGACUAGGAGGCUUAACCAUGUCCUCUGUGGCAGGAGGCCAGUUUCCAGCCCCCUGUGUCCUGCCUCCAUCCAGCCCUGUCAGCCACAGCAUGAGCUCAGCCACUCACGGCUCGAGCAUAGGUAGCCAUGGUAGCAGUGUCUUCACCUCUAGCUCCACAACCCCAGCUGGAACUGGGGGGCCUCAGACACUGAGCUGGCCACCCUCACAGCCUAACCCCCUUAACCUGUCCAUGAGCAGCUAUUCCACACCCAGCUCUACUGCCCCACCAAAUGUAGCCCUCUCUUCUCCUCUGGGAGCCCAUUGCAGCUCAGCCCUAAGCUCCUUGUCAACCAAUGCCAGUCUUACAGUGCCUGGGAUGACAGGAUUCUACCUGCCUCACGCCUUCCUGGCUAAUGUCGUCUCCAGUCAGGCAACGGCGGCAAACCUAGGAUUUGGCAGUGCACCAGCCCUGGGGGGGACAGGGAGUAAGCAAGUGUCAAGCAGUGCACUUUUGACUGACAGCGACGCCCCUGUGUUUAAGAUGUUCCUGGCGCGGGUACUGGUGGGCACUUACACUACUGGGAACAAUGACCUUCGUAAACCUCCGCCAUUGGACCCAGUCUCUGACCCAUACGGCAGGUGCUUUGACAGCUGCGUUGACAAUGUCAUCUCACCUAAAAUAUUUGUUGUGUUUGAUUCAGCUCAGGCAUAUCCGGAAUACAUCGUGCAUUAUAAAGAAAAUGUUUCUUAGUAUCAAGUUUUUUAUGUACUAAGGAGAAAACUGUCACCAAUAAUUUUCCUUGGGUUGAGCCAUGAAGGCAGUUGAUAUUGAUAGGUGUAAUUUGAGUACACAGCUUUGUUGUGAUAUGUACACAUCUUGGGUGCUUCUCUACUCUCCAGUUACACCAGACUAUAUUAAUCCAUUGUUAUACUUUACAGGGAACCUCUCGUUGUGUUUUAGUUACUAAAUGCUGAUGAUUGUCCUUACUGUAACUACAUACUGCUAACUGUAUGUACAUCAUGACUUUCAGAAACUACACGUACCUGUACAGGUGUAUGUGUUAUAUAUAUGAGAAUAGGCCAUAUGUUUGGGAAUCGUAUGUGGUUGAUAGACAUCUAAUUGUUAUUUCCAUGCAAACAUGAACUUACAAAUAUCCAUGUCUAGAGUGACAUCUCGUGAAGCCACACAGGAACACGCAAGAGUAAGUGAGUGCUUGGGGUUUAACAUCGUACUCAACAAUUUUUCAGUCAUAUGAUGACAAAGGAAUCCUUAGAGUGCAUGUAAUGUGCCUCCUUGUUGCAGGACAGAUUUUCACUGCUCUUUUAUUUAGUGCCGCUUCACUGAGAUGAUUUACCAAAGGCAAGUAAAGCGCCCCGUCCGAGGCAUUAUACUGAUACAGGUCAACCAGUCGUUGCAUGCUCUUUAAUCCAAGCUCUUCAGUGGCCUACCUCUCAUACAUUUUUGCACUACUUUUCCAGCAUAGUAAAGACUAUAUUCUGAGUUAAUUUAAUCAUGGAUAAUCAAGCUGAGAAGUAAACCAGAGAAUGAAAAUCACAUGAAAAUGUGUCCCUGGUUAAAGUGAAGCGGUCUAUAACUGUGAUCCCUAUGUUGUGAGCAGCAAGAUGUGUUUAGUUAAACUAUCACAGAUGUAUUAUAAAUCAGCAGCUUUUGUCAUAUUUUCAGUGAGUUUAUUUCGGGUGUGAAUUUCUCAGAAUGUCAUUUAUAAUUAUAAUAAAUAAUUAUCAAUAUUCUUAACCUGUCAAUCCAAGAAUCAUCAUGAAUUGAACCACACUUUAUGCAUCUUUUUUAGUUAUAUUUGAAUUAGUCUCUUUAUUAGUGUUUAUAGACUGUGAUUUUUCCCUGCUUGAAUAAGUGAUGCUGUAAGACUGAUAUGUUGAAUGUGUAAGAAACAUAUGCAAGUGUUUACAACAUGUAUAUUCAUGUACCUGCAAUUGUGCUGUGUCAGUAUGUUCUGUUUAUCACCUAGCUGUCCAUUUGUUAAGUUUAUUGUCUGUUUACUUGCCAAAUAUAACCUGCUAGUCUAAAAUUUGUCAACAGAUGGAACAUGUAUCUAAUCUGUCUUGUGACAUGUCUUGUGCAGGCGAGUACUGCUCUGGAUGUGUCAGUCUGAUCUACCUAAACUAAGACAUGUCCUGUCCUGAGUGUGUCAGUCAGUCUGAUCUACCUUGACUGAGACAUGUCCUGCUUCGGGUGUGUCAGUCAGUCUGAUCUACCUUGACUAAGACAUGUCCUGCUUCAGGUGUGUCAGUCUCUCUGAUCUACCUUAGCUAAGACAUGUCCUGCUUCGGGUGUGUCAGUCAGUCUGAUCUACCUUUGCUUAGACAUGUCCUGCUCUGGGUGUGUCAGUCUCUCUGAUCUACCUUCACUGAGAUAUGUCCUGCUCCGGGUGUGUCAGUCAGUCUGAUCUACCUUAGCUAAGACAUGUCCUGCUCCGGGUGUGUCAGUCAGUCUGAUCUACCUUAGUUAAGACAUGUCCUGCUCAGGGUGUGUAAGUCAGUCUGAUCUACCUUAGUUAAGACAUGUCCUGCUCAGGGUGUGUAAGUCAGUCUGAUCUACCUUUGCCUAGACAUGUCCUGCUCUGGGUGUGUCAGUCAGUCUGAUCUACCUUGACAAAGACAUUUACUGUCCAGGGUGUGUCGGUCAGUCUGAUCUACCUUGAUCAAGCCAUUUACUGUUCUGGGUGUGUCAGUCAGCCUGAUCUACCUUGACUAAGACAUUUACUGUCCUGGGUGUGUCAGUCAGUCUGAUCUACUUUGACUGAGACAUGCCCUGCUCUGGGUGUGUCAAUCUGAUCUACCUUAGCUAAACCUUGUCCUGCUCUGGGUGUGUCAGUCAGUCUGAUCUACCUUGACUAAGACAUUUACUGUCCUGGGUGUGUCGGUCAGUCUGAUCUAUCUUGACUGAGACAAGGUGUGUCAAUCUGAUCUACCUUAGCUAAGACAUGUCCUGCUCUGGGUGUGUCAGUCAGACUGAUCUACCUUGACUGAGACAUGCCCUGCUCUGGGUGUGUCAAUCUGAUCUACCUUGACUAAGACAUGUCCUGCUCCAGGUGUGUCAGUCAGUCUGAUCUACCUUAGCUAAGACAUGUCCUGCUCCGGGUGUGUCAGACAGGCUGAUCUACCUUGAUUAAGACAUUUACUGGCCUGAGUGUGUCAGUCAGUUUGAUCUACCUUUGCCUAGACAUGUCCUGUCCUGAGUGUCAGUCAAUCUGAUCUACCCUAAGACAUGUUCAGCUCCAGGUGUGUCAGUCAGUCUGCUCUACCUUGACUGAGACAUGCCCUGCUCUUGGUGUGUCAGUCAGUCUGAUCUACCUUUGCCUAGACAUGUCCUGCUCUGGGUGUGUCAGUCAGUGUGAUCUACCUUAGCUAAGACAUGUCCUGCUCCGGGUGUGUCAGUCAAUCUGAUCUACCUUGACUGAGAUGUUCUGCUCUGGGUAUGUCAGUCAGUCUGAUCUACCUUUGCUUAGACAUGUCCUGCUCUGGGUUUGUCAGUCAGUUUGAUCUACCUUGACUGAGACAUGUCCCGUCUGUGUCAGUCAGUCUAGGCUAAGACAUGUCUGGUCUUUGGUAUGUAAGCUUUGGUAAUGUUUCUAGAUGAAUAAGCGAUACAGUCACUGAAGUGGAAAUUGCUGUUCAGUUACCUGUGUAAGGCAUUGCUGCUCAUCUGCCUGUAUAACACAUCUAGUUUGAUUGGGAAAGAAAUUGCACAUUUUGCCACUCACGCCUCACUUACGUCUCAAAUUUUAAAUAUUUUCUUGCUAUCUUUAACUUGUAUUUGUCACUUUCUCAAGCCUUUGUAAACUAACUUGUUUUUAACUGAAUUAUAUCUGGUACAUAGCAUUAGCCAUUGCAGAUGUUCAUGUUCACUGUUUCUGUGAUUUAUUUAUUGAUUUUAUUGGUGUUUUACACUGUCUUCAAGAAUAUUUUACCAAUACAAUGACAGCCAGCAUUAUGGUGGGAUGAAACCCAUGACCAUUCACAGGUUACUGACAGACCUUCCCCACAUACAGCCAGAGA